AUGUGCACCUACAAAAAAAGGGCCUAAAAACAUUCCACGGAAAGGAUCACCUGAAAUAAAUAACCGUUUAAAGAAAGUGGAUUACACAGUCCCUGUUCCCUUUCUCCCAAUAGUUUAUAGAUUUCACAUAGUAUUCUCUCACUGAUCCCCAUGCUCGUUAUUCUUGCAUGACCUUCGUUUCUAAAUUCGCUGCCCUCCUACUCAGAAAAGCCUUCACAUAGUUUUUGGGCUUGGCCUUGUAAAACCAUAUUGCAGAAGAAAUGGGUGUGUCUUUCCAUGGCCCGUCAAGAAUACCGUCAUGCUUUUUUGUACUCAUAAUGUUGUGUUUUUUCAAUGGACAGCUUGAAGUCUAUUGCAAGUCCACUAUAGAGCCAUGUGAUGGCUCAGAUACCUGCAAUGCGAUGGUGGGCUACAACCUGCCCACUGACCUAAAAAUAUCAGAAGUAGCAUCAAGGUUCCAAGUAGACCCUGUUGCCCUUCUGGGUGUUAAUGGUAUUGAUGUAUCUUAUCCGGAUAUAGAGAACCAGAUACUUCCUGCAAAGUACUUUGUUAGGGUGCCUGUCACCUGCAACUGUGUGAAUGGCCUAAGGCAAUGCAGCUCCGUGACCUACAAGGUCAGGGCAUCUGAUACACUUUACAACAUUGCAAACAGUGUGUUUGGAGGGUUGGUUACUGCUGAGCAAGUGAGAGUGGUUAAUAGUAUAAGUGAUCCUAACCUUAUUGACUUGGGGCAGUCGCUGACCAUUCCAUUGCCCUGCAGUUGCUUCAAUGGGACCGACAAUGGAUUGCCUGCUAUUUACUUGUCUUAUGUUGUGCAGCCUGGGGAUACGCUUGCUGGGUUAGGGGUUAAGUAUGGGACCACUGUUACAGAUCUGAUGACUGUUAAUGCAUUAGGGACAGCUGCUAUCAAGGCUGGGGAUAUCAUCGCUGUUCCUCUUGCAGCUUGCUCUUCAAGCUUUUCGAAAUAUGCAUCAGAUGCUGGUCUACUUGUUGCAAAUGGGAGCUAUACGAUUACUGCUAGCCAUUGUGUGCAGUGCAGCUGUGGACCACAGGAUCUGAAUUUGUAUUGUGCACCAGCACCCUUGGCAGCAUCGUGUUCUAGCAUGCAGUGCAAGAACAGUGGUUUAAUUGUUGGAAAUACUACCGCGCAGCCAACAGCUGGUGGAUGCAAUGUUACAACAUGUGCAUAUAAUGGCCUUCUAAAUGGCACAAUCCUAACAUCCUUAUAUAAUGCGCUCCAACCACGGUGUCCAGGUCUACAUGUUAUGCCCAAUUUUACAAGACCACCCUCAACAUUAACAUCAUCAUUAGCACCAUCACCUGGGGUUUCCGUUUCACCAUCACCCAAAUCUUCAAUACAUGGAUCAUCUUCAGUUGUAGGAGGACUUGUUCCUGCAAAUGGGCCAACUGGUAGCGUCUCUUAUGCUCCAGAGUUACCUAGAUGGGUAUCAGUUUCAAGCUUUCUAAUUUUAGUCUUACCUCUUGUAGUCCAUUUUGGGUAUUUGGAAUCUCUUCACUAAAUUAUGAGUGGAUUUAAAAUUUUUCAUUUAGGCUGAUCACCAUUUCUUUAGAGGCAUUAGCUGAAAUUUAAAAGAAAUUUUGUAGAGAAGUCACCAACUUGAAUGGCCAUGCCAUAAUGUAAUAUUCGAUUGAAUCAUGUAUGUUGGAUAUUUAUCAUUUCAUUUGAUGUAUAUUUAUGCUCAAAAAAUGUGUGCCUCUGAAA